AUGAUUUUAGGAUCUGAAAGUGGCCUCAUGUUUGACUGGGGAAGAAGACUAAAUGUUGCGGCUAAGGUAGUUUCGGCUUUGACAUAUAUGCAUGAGGAGUUUGUUGAUAAUGGAAUAGCACAUGGUAACUUAAAGUCAAAUAACAUUUUGUUUGACAAGAAUAUGGAUCCAUGCAUAAGCGAAUAUGGCCUAAUGAUAGCAGAAAACUAUGAUGAGUUUGUCAUUUCGCAUAAAAAAGGCAUCAAAAGCAAAGAUCUAAUUGCAGCCACCUUCAAAGCUGAUGUAUAUGCCUUGGGUAUGAUACUUCUGGAGCUGUUGACAGGGAAAGUGAUUAAAAAUGAUGGAUUUGAUAUAGUUAAAUGGGUGGAUUCAGUGGUCAGAGAGGAAUGGAGCAUUGAAGUUUUUGACAAGUCCCUAAUCUCACAAGGUGCUUCGGAAGAGAGGAUGAUGAAUCUGUUGCAGGUAGCAUUAAAAUGCUUAAAUCCUUCUCCAAAUGACAGGCCAAGCAUGAGGCAAGUUGAAGUGAUGACAAAUGCUUUGAUAGAGGAGGAAGAAAAAUCCAUAUCCUUUGACACAUGA